UGAAAAGGGGAAAUUUCCCAUUCGCUACCCCUCUAAAAUUUUUUAUUGAAGAAUUUCUCAUUCGCGUUUCUUCGUCAUUCGCAAAACUUUGAAGAAAAUCUAACUAUAGACUUCAGCCUUGAGAAAUACAUCUGAAAAUUUAACAGAACAUUGUAAAAUCUGCGUGAAAUCCUGAAAAUUUGAUGCAAUCGGCUGCAAUUGGAUUUUCCAACAUACCAGUGCUGCCAACACAACGCGCAUAACCUCAUUGUUCUGCUGACAAGACCCCGGAGCCGCCAUUGUAGAUAUACAAUUGUGUGCAAAAUCUUGCAAAAAGGUGCUUUCCUGCUCGUAUACGUGUUACGAAGUAUUCCAGUCUAGGCAAAAAUGAAGGGAAUUGCAUUUGCGUUCUUCUACGUGCUUAUGCGAUCGAUUGGGGCGUACAACACGGAAAUGACUACCACCAUUGACGCCGGCUCGAAGCUAUGUUUUUUCCACAGCGUCAAGCUCGGCGAGACUAUCGACCUCGACUACCAGGUGAUCGAUGGGGGCCACGGAGAUUUGGAUGUGAGCUUUGAACUAUUCGACCCCAUGAGCAAAGUCAUCUUCGUGGACUACAAGCGCUCAGACAACAUUCAUCGGCAUGAGGCAAAAGUGUCCGGAGACUACAAGUUCUGCUUCGACAACACCUUCAGCUCCUUCAGUCGCAAGACGGUGUUCUUUGAAUUAAUCGUGGAGAAAGAUGGUGAGGUGGAUGAGGAGAACAAAUGGGAGGACUUCGAGGGAUUGCGUCCGGAAGAGGUGUACGACAUGAAAGUGCAGGACAUUCAGGAGUCCAUCGUGCGUAUCAGGACUCAUCUGACGCGAGCGCGCCAGUUGCAGGAUCUGCUGAGAUCGUUCGAGGCGAGGGAUCGCAACGUGGCGGAGGAGAACUACUUUAAGGUGAAUGCCUGGUCGUUUUUUCAGGUGGUCGCUAUGGUUGCCGUGGGAACUAUUCAAGUCAUCAUGGUAAGAAGUCUCUUUGACACAAACUCAAAGGUGCACAAAAUCUGGACCAAGCUUUCUUAGUGCCUGGCCAGGAGGCGCCAUGAACAUCUAGUGAAAUAUCGCCAAAGAACAACGUCAUGUCAUCCAACCAAAUGCCAUUUCAACCGGUCAAAUGAUCACUCAUGCCAGUCACAUACCAAUAAAACGUCUCUAUUUUAAUCGAA